CCAGUUCACUUCCCUCUCUCAGUUCCCCCAGCGAGCACAGGAAAAGACGCUGAGUCGGACUUCGGCUCUUUUCUCCGGUCCCUGUUUGAAUGUGGCGGACCCUCCACUCCCACCCACCGCUCUGCAACACCAACAUAGCCCGACCAGUCCUUAAUUUCCUGGAUCUGCUCUUUGUUACCAGAGCCUUUACCCUCCUCUGCUUCUAUUCCAGGAGAGAGAAGGAGACUUAUUUCUUUCUUUUAGCGGAUUGAUUUCUGACUGAAUCUGGAUUGCUUUCCUUCUUCUUGUUGUUGGGCUGCCGCUGCAGGACCAGAGCUGAUGCUUCCACCAAUGUAAUUAGCUCGGCUACUGUCAAAGAAACCGGUUUAAACGUCGGAACAAAGGGACGUUGAAGGUCUUUUCUUUUUUUUUUUCUUCCCCCGACCCGGUCUGAAAACCAUUAUUCACCACUGCAGUUGUCAAGUUGGAGCCCUGCUGGGAAAUGGACAAACCCCUCUAAAGUGACGACGCUGCUCUGCCUCACCAACACAAGCACAGGACGUGAUUUGGACGAGGACCCCCCCCCCCCCCCCCCCCCCCCCCCCUCCGCGUGGAGCAAGAAGAACAUGUUUACCACCCUGUUUCUAUGGUAACCCGAGAGGAGCAUGCACGCCCGGGUCAGGAGUUAACCUCAGCACUCAUCUCCUCCGCCUGACUCCUGUGAGAACUACACUACCCAUAAUUCCUGUAAACUGACGACCCAAUCUGACAUUUAGAUCAGUUUAAGAAAGACACUCAGAGGAACCAAACCUACGACGACACUACCACAACGCUGCUGUGAAGACGACCAACAUGGCCAACAACACGGCAGACCACCCUCCGGGGAACUCGGUGGCAGAGGGCAACCAUGACGGGGACUUUGGGGUGACCGUGAUGGAACUGAGGGAACUGAUGGAGCUGCGGAGCGCCGAGGCCGUCAACAAGAUACAGGACGUGCACGGAGACGUUCAAGGCAUCUGCCGCCGCCUGAAAACCUCACCUAUAGAAGGUCUGUCCGGUAACCCCGUCGAUUUGGAGAAACGUCACGCGGCGUUCGGCAAGAACUUCAUCCCCCCCAAGAAGGCCAAGACGUUUCUGCAGCUGGUGUGGGAGGCUCUGCAGGACGUCACUCUCAUUAUCCUGGAAAUCGCCGCCAUCAUCUCGCUGGGCCUGUCCUUCUACCAUCCACCAGGGGGCGACAGUGAAGCAUGUGGCCAGGUUGCAGGGGGCGUGGAGGACGAGGGCGAGGCCCAGGCUGGCUGGAUCGAGGGCGCCGCCAUCCUGUUCUCGGUCAUCAUCGUGGUCCUGGUGACGGCCUUCAACGAUUGGUCCAAAGAGAAGCAGUUCCGCGGGCUGCAGAGUCGCAUCGAACAGGAGCAAAAGUUCACCGUCAUCCGCAAAGGCCAGGUCAUCCAGAUUCCUGUGGCCGAGCUGGUGGUGGGAGACAUCGCUCAGAUCAAAUAUGGAGACCUGCUGCCUGCUGACGGGAUCCUGAUCCAAGGCAACGACCUGAAGAUUGACGAGAGCUCUCUGACUGGAGAGUCGGAUCAGGUCCGAAAGUCUAUGGAGAAGGACCCUAUGCUGCUGUCCGGUACCCAUGUAAUGGAGGGAUCAGGCAGGAUGGUGGUGUCAGCCGUCGGCCUCAACUCCCAAACCGGCAUCAUCUUUACUCUGCUGGGCGCUGGCGAGCACGACGAAGAGAAGAAGGUCAAGAAAAGUAAAAAACAAGGACCCCCCGAAAAUCGCAACAAAGAUGGCAUCGCCCUGGAGAUCCAGCCGCUGAGAAGUGAGGAGGCCACCGAGUCGGAGGAAAAGGAGAGGCUAAACGUGAAGAAGGUUAAUGUGACCAAGAAGGAGAAGUCGUUGCUGCAGGGCAAACUUACCAACUGCUGUACAGAUCGGAAGGCUGGUCUGAUCAUGUCGGCUCUGACGGUCAUCAUCCUCAUCCUCUAUUUUGUGAUCGACACCUUCGCGGUCCAGGGUCGGACCUGGGUGGCCGAGUGCACCCCCAUCUACAUCCAGUACUUUGUCAAGUUCUUCAUCAUCGGCGUGACCGUGCUGGUGGUGGCCGUUCCCGAGGGGCUGCCGCUCGCUGUCACCAUCUCUCUAGCCUACUCCGUCAAGAAAAUGAUGAAGGACAACAACCUGGUGCGUCACCUGGACGCCUGUGAGACCAUGGGCAACGCCACGGCCAUCUGCUCGGACAAGACGGGCACGCUGACCAUGAACCGCAUGACGGUGGUGCAGGCGUACGUCGGCGACACGCACUACAGGAAGGUUCCCGAACCAGAAGCCAUUAAAGCAGAGACUCUGGAAGUCAUGGUCAACAGCAUUGCUAUCAACUCGGCGUACACCACCAAGAUCCUGUCUCCGGAAAAAGAAGGUGGCCUUCCCCGCCACGUGGGCAACAAGACCGAGUGUGCUCUGCUGGGCCUGGUGCUGGAGCUGAAGAGGGACUACCAGCCAAUCAGAGAUGAGGUCCCCGAAGAGAAACUCUACAAGGUUUACACCUUCAACUCCUCCCGCAAGUCUAUGAGCACGGUGCUGAAGAACCCUGAUGGAGGUUUCCGCAUGUACAGCAAAGGAGCAUCGGAGAUAGUCCUGAGAAAAUGCUCCUAUAUCUUGGACACCCAGGGUCAGCCUCGCAUCUUCAAGCCGAAGGACCGUGACGAGAUGGUGCGUAAGGUGAUUGAGCCGAUGGCGUGCGAUGGCCUGAGGACCAUCUGUGUGGCCUACAGGGACUUUCCCGCCGAUGCAGGGGAGCCAAACUGGGACAACGAGAAUGACAUCUUGAAUGACCUCACCUGCAUCGUGGUGGUCGGUAUCGAGGACCCCGUCAGACCUGAGGUACCUGAGGCUAUUACCAAGUGCCAGCGUGCAGGCAUCACUGUGCGUAUGGUUACCGGAGACAACAUCAACACCGCCCGCGCCAUCGCCACCAAGUGUGGCAUCCUGCUGCCCGGCGAGGACUUCCUGUGUAUGGAGGGCAAAGAGUUCAACCAGCAGAUCAGAAACGACCAGGGAGAGGUGGAACAAGAGCGUCUGGACAAAGUUUGGCCCAAACUGCGCGUUCUGGCUCGUUCCUCGCCAACAGACAAACACACUCUGGUCAAAGGUAUCAUCGACAGCACGGUGGGUGAAACCCGACAGGUGGUGGCGGUGACGGGAGACGGCACCAACGACGGCCCCGCCCUCAAGAAAGCCGACGUCGGCUUUGCCAUGGGAAUUGCCGGCACGGACGUGGCGAAGGAAGCGUCGGACAUCAUCCUGACUGACGACAACUUCACCAGCAUUGUCAAGGCCGUGAUGUGGGGAAGGAACGUCUAUGACAGCAUCUCCAAGUUCCUGCAGUUCCAGCUGACCGUCAACGUGGUGGCCGUGAUCGUGGCGUUCACCGGCGCCUGCAUCACACAGGACUCUCCUCUGAAGGCCGUCCAGAUGCUCUGGGUCAACCUCAUCAUGGACACUCUGGCGUCUCUUGCUCUGGCCACCGAGCCGCCCACCGAGUCUCUGCUGCUGCGCAGGCCGUACGGCCGCAACAAGCCUCUCAUCUCCAGGACCAUGAUGAAGAACAUCCUGGGCCACGCCGUGUACCAGCUCGUCAUCAUCUUCACACUGCUCUUCGCUGGUGAGUCUAUUUUCGACAUUGACAGCGGCCGCAACGCUCCCCUGCACGCGCCGCCGUCGGAGCACUACACCAUCGUCUUCAACGUGUUCGUCAUGAUGCAGCUCUUCAACGAAAUCAACGCCAGGAAGAUCCACGGGGAGAGGAACGUGUUCGAGGGCAUCUACAAGAACCCCAUCUUCUGCAGCGUAGUACUGGGGACCUUUGUCCUGCAGAUCAUCAUCGUUCAGUUCGGAGGGAAGCCGUUCUCCUGCACGGCUCUGACCAUCGACCAGUGGCUGUGGUGCGUGUUCAUCGGUGUGGGAGAGCUGCUUUGGGGACAGCUGAUCUCCGCCAUCCCUACCCACCGCCUGAAGUUCCUGAAGGAGGCGGGCCACGGCACCACCAAAGAGGACAUCCACGAGGAGCAUAUGACGGAGGGCGCCGAUGAGAUCGACCACGCCGAGAUGGAGAUGAGGAGGGGCCAGAUCCUCUGGUUCAGAGGGCUGAACCGCAUCCAGACGCAGAUUAAGGUGGUGAACGCGUUCCGUAGCUCCCUGUACGCGGGGCUGGAGAGCCCAGAGUCCCGUAGCUCCAUCCACAGCUUCAUGGCCCAUCCUGAGUUCGUCCCCCAGUCCGAGGAGGAGGCUCGCAUCCCCACUAUUGAGGAGACUGGAGACGAGAUUGACCUCCUCCCCAGCGCCUCCUCCGGGGCCGGGGGAGGAGGAGAGCCGCCCAGCGCCUUCCCCCACAGCUGCGAGUCAUCCAUCUGAGCUCCUCCUCCCUCCUCUUUAUCAGCAUCAUCUGUCAUCCCAUCAACUGAACUGUCGCGCUGGGGAGGGAAGUCACUCUGCAUCCCCUCAUUCUGCACACACACACACGCACACGCUUCACAUUGUUUUCACCCCUCUCAGUCGCUCCUGCCACGUUGUGUCUUUCAUACUGACUGUGGCGUCAUCUUGCCUGUAAGUUUGUCCCUCCACCACCACCACCACCACACACAUGUCUCAGAGGGUGGAGGCCUUCUCAUUCAUGUCUAUUUUUUACUCGAUGAUCCUUUUGAAAAGCUUUCAAACUACGUUGGGUUCGAUCUUUGCGUGUCGCGUUCUGAACUCGCUUCAUUCCCGCUCAAAAAAAAAAAACCGGCACAGAACUUUCCAGAGAGUGCAGUGAUUCUCAUGUACAUACGCUUCCCGCUCCUCUGCACAGCUAACCGCCGGGUUUGGUGAGCAGAAGAUUUUUGGGCAAAUGCAAAAAUGUAAUUUAGUUUGUUUGUUUUCAAAAACCUCUAACAAUUGUUAAUCGAUUAGUUCUGAGAAACUCCUGGGAACGUCUUGUAAGUGUGACACUACAGUCUUAAAGGUUCAACUGUUAAAAAUAUGUUCUUCCCUUUUUUUGGUGUCUGUAUGUGCUUUUUUCUUUUUAUCAGCUGUGUUGCAUGUUGAAGGACAGAAUGCUUACUACCCAAAAAUAUCCAACAUGGCGGCGUCCAGAGAGGGCUCACUCUCUGCUCAGUGAGAGUCUGACAUCAUCUCAUCUCAUCCAGUCAGGGUUCUGGUUCUCUCUCUCCCUCCUCCCCCCCCCCCCCCCCCCCCCCCCCCCCAUUACAUCCACAGUGUCAAUAGGAAACAGGAGUGUUGCUUAGCUUUCCAAGUAGGAUGCAUGUUAUGUUUCAUUCGUGUUGAGUCGCAUGAUAACUAAGGAAUGAGUAUUUGGGAUUCUGUUUAGAUGUCUAUGUGUGUGUUAGUCUGCAGCAGCAUCUGUUCAGCGCUUCUUUCACUUCCUGUCUUUACGACUGAACUUCCCGUUACCACAACAGCACAAAAAACAGACUCAUCAAUACUUGCAAGUCAGGGUGUCUCUAUAAUCUGCGUGUACUCCAGAUUCUCCUAGAUGUUGUUCUUGUGAAGGGGAUUUACCCAUAAAGACCCAGAGGUAGCUCUGAUGAAAUGAGGCCACAACAUAUGCUGAACGCCUUGAUUGCUAACAAGAGAAUAAGACGCAGCCUUGCACGGAACCUGAAAUCCCACUCCAGUCCUUUUCUCGUUUUUAAAAACCGUUCACUGUGCUCGGCGUACAUUGUAAGUCACGGUCUCAAUUGCCAACUUUUCUCGCGUUGCUAUCACCUUGCUCCUCGCCUCUGACAGGCUCAUAUUAGAUAAGACCCGCCCUCUCGAAGUACUGAACUUAAUCAAAAAUGACAACCUGUGACCGUGACACUGUGAGGCGACCCCCGCUAAACACUGCCCCACUGUGCCGCAGAUGACAAAGUUAAUGUCACGUGGACCCUUAACAGCUAUCUGGCAACAUUUAGCUCACAUCUUUCAGGUUUGGACUCCAAGCUGAACGCUACUGUAGUAUUGUAGUAUUCAUCCCUUUGUCCCUUCAAAUGAUCCUAUUUUCUGCUGCUUAUUAAGAUCUGGGUAGCAGUGGCAUCGGACUAAAAAAGGUAGCCCCAGCUUAUCUUCAGACACCUGUUAAAGUGUUUCCUGGUUCCUAGACCAGAUGGGAAGUGUAAUCCCUGCAGUGUGUUCUGCAGAUCUGCACUUCCAGUUGGACAUGUUGACCUAAUGUCCACAGGGAGGCGUCCUGAUCAGAUGUUAAACCACCUCCACUGACUCCUUUCAGCCAGAGCUCAGAUGAGAGUUUGAAGGUAGAUCGACUGAUAGAUGGACAUGACUCCCGUAUCGAUGAGUCCGUUUUGCGUCGCGAUGCAGGGAAUUCAGUUCGACAGACAGGAAGUGGAUGGAAAUCUAAACAGGGUCUGGACCGUCUCUCUGUGUUGAAGAAAACUCAUAUUACCACUUCUGAUGCUUUUGGUCCCCGCGUUUGUCAGCUAUUUAUGAACAGAAAAUAAUCAGCUGUCAGUGACACACGCUGAGGUUUAUGGGAGACUGAUGAUGUCACCAGUCAGCCUGUAGACGGAAAUGCAGUGUAUCCCUGCUGCGGCUCAGUACUUCCUGCCUGCCGUCGUCCUGUCAUAAAAUAAGAAGGAAUCAUCUUCCAAUCCGACGCAGCGAUGCGUGUAAUCCCCUCUUAAUCUGACUAGCAGCCGUCAACCUAUCUACGAACUAGGACACGUUAUUGGCGUAAUGUGCUACUACUGCCAUAUUUCCAACUUUGUUGUCAUGACUAGGUUCUUCCUCUCGCCUCUGAUGAGCUUUUUUCUAUGUAACUCAGAGCCAUAUUUUAUAGGUUGUCUGUAUUGUUUUUUUUUAUCUCAUUGUUAUCGAGGUUUCCUUUGGACUUUUUUCACCCCCCCUCCAACCCCUGGCCCUUUACUCCAAACAUGACCAAAAAGCAAGGGGAAAAUCUUCAGUCGUCACUGCCGAACCAUGUUUAAAGGACCUCUACAAUGUUUACAUGAAAAGCAAGUGGGUGGCAGUUCGCCUGCGCUUCUCUCAUCCCACCACUUCCCUUUCAUUCCCUUGCUUUCCUGAAUCUUAGAGUUACUAUUUAACUAAAUGGGGAAUCUUUCUUGCAUGGUUUUCAUAUAAAAUUCAAUGUUUUGCUCAUUUUUUACAAUUCUUCUGUAUUUUUAUAUUAAGUACUUUUUAAUAUUUUGGAGAUAUAUGAAUAUAUAUGUAUAGGCUGAAGAGUUUGGUGACAGUGCAGUACGUGAAUGAGAUGAAUCUAACGUGGACUCUGUCUUUUUACAGCUCUCUGAAUAUUUAUGCCACGUGUGUCGUCUUGGUGACCUGAUAUUAGGGCUCAGAAACCUGCAGUGACUUGUUUACUUCCUGUCAGCUGUUCAAUUGGAAUCUCAACAAUCUAUUCUCAUCAGCCCCCCUUUUACAUGAGUAUAUUCACUUUAUCCAAGAUGUUGUGACACACUACACGCUAUGUGAUUUAGCAGUUAUCUAACUAGAGUUCAGCCAAUACAACGUGAACACAGCUAACUGUAUCAAACAUUAAAUGGGAGUGUAUAAUUAUUUAUCCAA